AUGGCUAUAGGGACGCCACGAGGCCAACACGCUCUGACCGUCAGCGCGGUCUUUACAAGCCUGGCCACCUUCUUCACGAUUCUCCGCAUCUACACCCGAGCCUUCAUCGUGAAGCAGAUGGGUGCAGAUGACUGGACCAUUCUGGUUUCUCUUGUCUUCACCUGGGCCUUCUUUGCUAUUUUCGUCCAAGAGGUUAGAUAUCUCAUGGGUGAGCAUCUCGACAAGAUUCCUCAUGACGUCUAUGUAAAACAAAUGAAGUAUUUCUGGGCGUCGGUCCCCAUCUAUCAGACGACCUUGAUCGUGACCAAAGCCUCCAUCCUCCUCCAAUACAAGCGUGUCUUCUCGACUCCACGCAUGCGACUCGCUUGUUGGGGCUUGAUCGGCUUCCUCGGCGUGUACGGUACAUGGACCAUCCUCAGCGCCUGGCUGAACUGCCUCCCGCUCGCGAAAUUUUGGGAUGACACGGUCAAGGGCUUUUGUCUGGACAAGAAGGCCCUCUGGUUCUCCAACUCGGCCAUCCACAUCUUUACCGACAUCCUCAUCCUGGUCUACCCGAUGCCGGUCCUCAAGAACCUCCAGGUUCCCCGCCGACAGAAGAUCGCCCUGAUGGCCGUCUUUGCCCUGGGCGCAUUUGUCUUGGUCACGAGUAUCCUCCGUCUUCAGAGUCUCCUCGUCAUCUCCAACUCCACAGACCCAACCUACGACAACCCCGGCGCAGCCACCUGGUCCGCCGUGGAAUGCAACGUCGCCAUCAUCUGCGCCUGUCUCCCCGGCACGCGCGCCCUCAUCUCGCGCCUCCUGCCGCGCUUCCUCUCCACCCGCAGCGGCAACUACAACACCUACAACUACCACACCAAGAGCAACAACCCCGCGCGCAGCCGCAGCACUCACAACCUGACCAACCACUUCCAAACGUCGGCCUCCGUCGCCGCCCCCGACUACACCAUGAAGUCCUUCACCCGCCCCGACAGCACCAGCAGCAAGGAAUCCGGCAAGCAUCCCCCCGGCGAGAUCAAGGUCACCACCAUCGUCUCGCAGGAGUUUGCGUCGCAUACCGAUGACGCGUCGAGUGUGCGGCAUCUGGUCUAG